AUGCUUCCAUCUCUUAGAAGGCUCCAGGCCACCCCAGCAUACACACAGCUUCUUGCGCUGAUCAAGGGCGAUUUGAAAAAAGCCAUGAUCGCCAAAAACGACCUCCAGAAGAACACCAUCAGACUGGUGCUUUCGACAGUCAAAAACAGCGAAAUCGACGGCGCCAAGCAGACCGAAUUUGAGUUGGCUCGUUCGCUCAACAAGAUGAUCAAGCAGAGAAUCGACUCCUCUCAUGCUUUCAAAACGCAGGGCCGUGACGAUUUGGCUCUGGCUGAGGAGGAAGAAGCCGAUAUCAUCAGAAAGUACGUGAUUGCGUUGCCUGUGGCCAGCGAGGAGGAGAUUCUGAAGAAGUUGAAGGUUCUUCUUGAGGAGUUGAAGCAGAAGGACGGGUCGACGAAGAUCGGCAGUGUUUUCAAGGAGAUCACCGAGGAGGUGGCCACCAACUGGGGCUCUUCUUCUGCCGUGAUCAAGGCCAUGGUCCCGGGGCUUUACAAGGAGGUUUUUGGGCAGAAGAAGUGA